AUGAGUGAUGAGGCUUUGUCAGAGGUCAAGAUGAAGUUCAUCAGUUCCACCUUGAAAACUUUUCUAUUAACCGCUAGGAAUUGCCCUUCUGUCUACCCGUCUUUCACGUUACAACACUCAUUUUUUAUGCUUUAUUUGUCUUUUCUCUUCAGCGCAAUUUUUAUACUUGCCUUUACCUUAAUAUACGUUCUGAACUUUCUCUUACUUUACUUUAUAUCCAUUCAUUUCUUCUACUUGAUUACUCCAUCCCUCUUCUUUUUUUUUUACUUUUCUGUCUUCCCUUGCAUUCAUUUUUUCUUUACUACAUCUUUUAUUCUUUCGUGGCGCGUUUUUCCCUGUAUUCUUCGCCCCUUCUUUCAUUUUUGCUUUCUUUCUUUCUUUCUAUUAGCCGGUUCAUCUAUCUAUCUAUCUAUCUAUCUAUCUAUCUAUCUAUCUAACACAGUGUGUUCAUAUAUGAGCUGUUUCAUCUAUCUAUCUAUCUAUCUAUCUAUCUAUCUAUCUAUCUAUCUAUCUAUCACAGUCUGUUCAUAUCUAGCUGUUUCAUCUAUCUAUCUAUCUAUCUAUCUAUCUAUCUAUCUAUCUAUCUAUCUAUCUAUCACAGUCUGUUCAUAUCUGAUGGUUCAUCUAUCUAUCUAUCUAUCUAUCUAUCUAUCUAUCUAUCACAGUCUUUUCAUAUAUGAGCCCUUUCAUCUAUCUAUCUAUCUAUCUAUCGACCUAUCACAGUCUGCUCAUCUAUCUAUCUAUCUGAGCCGGUUCAUCUAUCGAUCUAUCUAUCUAACACAUCUGAGGCCCUUUCAUCUAUCUAUCUAUCACAGUCUGUUCAUAUAUGAGCCCUUUCAUCUAUCUAUCUAUCUAUCUAUCUAUCUAUCUAACACAAUCUGUUCAUAUCUGAGCCGGUUCAUCUAUCUAUCUAUCUAUCUAUCUAUCUAUCUAUCUAUCUAUCUAUCUAUCUAA